AGAGGACAGAUGGAUAGAGAAAGAGCAACUUGGUUGGCGACUCAUGUUUAAGGGUCCCAGCAGUUACUGCUUUCACAAGUGGCAAUUUGUAUCUCUACAUACAUGCAUAUAUACAAGACUCCGGUGGAGCUGGAGAAAACUGGAAAACCAAACAAAACCCAGAUGCACACUACUAAUUUUUCAGUUUUCACUUCUUGCGAAGCAAUCGAACCAUUAGAAAACUAGAUAGAUAGUGUGAGGAAAAAAAAGUUUUUCGGGUUACUUUGAAGCUUUUGGGGUGAAGAAAUAAAGAAUCAAGAAUGGGUGAGACUGUGACAGGCGGUGAUGCGGGUUCAAAAGGCACGGCGGUGUCACGGCCGACAAUUACUGUGCCGCCUCGGGGUUUCAUGGAUACAACUGGAUCGUUGCCUGGAUUCAGUCCGGGUCCGUUGACUCUGGUUUCCGGCUUCUUCUCCGAGCAAAGUCCGUUUUCUUUCUCUCAGCUUUUGGCUGGAGCUAUGGCUUCGCCGAUUGCCAAGCCCGGGCCUUUUUCGAUGGACAAUAAUUUCGGGGAAGAGAAAGGAGGGAAUUCUGGUGAUGGUAGUGGAAAAAAUAAUGAUAGUAUUACGGGUUAUAAGCGGAACAGGCCGAUGAAUUUGGCGGUGGCUUCGCAGCAGAUGCCGCUGGAUCCUCAGAAUUUGAGUCCCUUAUUUAUGAUUCCACCUGGGCUGAGUCCUUCUGGAUUGCUUAAUUCACCUGGGUUUUUGUCCCCACUUCUGAGUCCAUUUGGGAUGUCCCACCAGCAAGCUCUUGCACAUGUUACGGCUCAGGCAGCAUUAUCCCAAUCUUAUAUGCAGAUGCAAGCAGAAUUUCAACGAUCUUCUUCUGCAAAUUCUGCUGAAACAACUGCACAUCAUAUGUCAUCUGCACCCAAUGAAUCUUCACAAAACCAGAUAAUAUCUUUGCCACCUGAACAAACGAGUUCAAAGAUAGAGCAGUCUGAGGUUUCUCUGUCUGAACGGAAACCUGCUUCUGUUGCUGUUAAUAAACCAACUAAUGACGGCUACAAUUGGAGGAAAUAUGGGCAGAAGCAUGUAAAGGCAAGUGAAUGUCCAAGAAGCUACUACAAAUGUACACAUUUUAAUUGCCCUGUCAAGAAGAAGGUUGAGCGUUCUGUUGAUGGUCAUAUAACUGAGAUUACAUACAAAGGGCAGCACAAUCAUGAUGUGCCUCAACCCUCUAAACGUGGAAGAGAUAGUUGUGCUUUGGAGGGAACUUCGAACUCCCAGGUGAAGCCGGUAAUUAGUUCACAGAUUCAGAGUGAAAUGAGCCUGGAAAAGGGGGUUGUACCUUUUCAACCUGGGCCUUCAAAAGUUCAGGUAUCUACACAAUCAGUAUCUGAGCAUCUUCCCGGCUCGAUUAAUCUUGAUGAAGUGGAAGAUUCGACAAUUGUAAAAAAUGACGGGGAUGAUGAUGAACCAAAUACAAAGAGAAGGAGCAUUGAGAUCGGGUCAUCCAUGCAAGCACCAUCACAUAAAACAAUUACAGAAUCUAGGAUUGUUCUGCAGACAAGAAGUGAAGUUGAUCUGUUGGAUGAUGGAUAUAAAUGGCGAAAAUACGGCCAGAAGGUGGUCAAGGGGAAUCCUCAUCCAAGGAUUUCAGACAAGGGAAUCGAGGUUCCAACUUAAAACUAAAUGAAGUAUAACUCAACAUGGGGGAGAUAACCCUUGCAUAAAAUAGCUGAAAAAGUUGGCAUCACAUGGGGAAGAGCAUAGCCUUGAGGUUGAUGGUAACCCUAGCGUGUGAAACAAAUGUAGGGAAAGUGACAUUAUGGUGUAACAUCAAGGCCCCUGUUUUGAUCUGAUGAUAAAGAAGCCGACAUCCUAACUCAAAACUGGUUAUUACCAAGAGGAGCCUCAGGUCAAUAUGAUGGUCUUCCAAAAUAUCUUAGUAUGAUGCAUGAGAUCAUAAGCUACCAACCUCAGACGAAAAUAUACUCUCUGUAGAGAAAUGUAGUGCCAACUUUUUUAAAGAAGUUGACUAACGAGCUUUUGGUUUACUCUUGAUCUGAUACUAACCAUUAUAAUGAUCCAUGGCGUUGCGCAGUCAAAUUGAAAGAAUUUUCAAUC